AGACAUUUGGGCUUUUCAGAUUGGUUCAGGCGCUUCCCCGCUUUGGUGCCAUGAGCGCGGCCUUGGCCAACUUAAAGUCGGAGCUCUCUGUGUCAUGUGCGAAGAUGGUCUCUGCCGCGGAGAAGGAAGUGGCUGCUGCUCAGGCAGAAGUUCAGAAGCGCAUGGAGGAGCUCGACCUGCGAGAACGCACCGUGGCGCUGCGUGAGGUUGAAAUGGACCGUCGCGAAAGGAUGCUCCAGGCCAAAGAAGACGGGCAUUUGUUGCCCAUGACUCCAACGCCUGCACGGGCCCGUGGUGGUGCUCGCUUCUCGCCGCGCUUGCCACUGAACGAAGAGGAGAAAUCUGACAAGUCGGACUAUGGGCUGUCACCGGUGCUGUUCUCAUCUACGAGGUCCCAGGAGGCGUCUGGCCAGGCUUUGGAGUCCUUCUGUAUGCCUUCGCCAUCAGUGGAGUCGGAGCUGGACGUUGAGGCUUUGAGCUGCCACCGCCUGAAGGCCGUCUUCGAGCGCCCUGAACGAAGGACUGGUGGCCCUUCCAGCACGAUAGCAGCAACUGCCAAUGCACUGCAGGCCGCGGUGGCCGGUUCCAACAAUGUGCCCGACGGUCGGAAGCCGCGCGUGACCCUCAAAGACUUGCUGCGAAUGGACGAGGAGCGUCUCUCAGUUCACUGAGUAUCCGGCAGUCAAGGCGCCCACGCCCGAGAACUUCGCGCAGCUGAAGGCAGCUUUUACCGUUAAUGACCAGAAUUCAUGCAUGGCUCUGAGAUGCAAUGGCUGGCCUGGGAAAAC